CUCAACUCAGUACUCAGUAGUCAGUAGUACCCACAAAUUCAAAUCACUGAGCUCCGAACGGUCAGUUAGGGGGUUUUGCUUCAUUUCAGAGAAUAGGAAAACAAAAACAAAAAAACAGAGUUGAGCUUCUCUCUGAAGAAGAAAACCCCAAAAAUGGUGGUCGCGAAACAAUCGAACUACGAAGAGUUUCGUCUGAAAAGAGUGGAAGAGAACAAGAAACGAAUGGAAGCUCUGAAUCUUCCAAAACUCUGUCAAAAUCUCAAUCCAACUUCUCUCAAGACUUCCCCAAUGAAGAAGAGAUGUAUUCCUCGGACACCAGAGAAGGCUGAGAAGCAGAUGGUGAUUGUUCGUCGAUCUAGCCGUCUCUCUAAUUCUUCUUAUACUCCUGUUUACAGAGAAGUUGAUCUCCAACGAGUUCUGAAUCGCAGAAGGUGAAAUUGCUUAAAGAUCUGAUCUUUUUCAUCUCUAAAGAUCUUAUCUUUUUGAAAUUGUACAACUUGA